CACUCUACUUCGCUUCAGACCAACAUGCCUGAACUUGCAUAUGACUUGUCAAAUGUUUCUGCUUCACUAGUAGAUGCUUUGCCUUCUCAAUCUGCCGAGAAAGUCCGCCAAUCUUAGGAGUCCACUUGAUUUUGACGUCCGUUCAAAUUUGGCGCGCGUUACCCUCCACUGCCAACCCGUCAAUAGGCGGCGCUUCGACACGUCAGGGGCCGUGACCAUUAGUGCCGAGCAUCGACCGCCGCCCUACCCUACACUUUGAACGUUACAGAAAAACUUUCCGCUGCUGCUUCUUUCUAUAGCUGUAGUGGCAGUAGCUUGCCAACCUCAUCGUGCCCUUCCUAGCGAAACCAAGGGGAAAGAAAGAAAGCGAAUCGAGGGCGUUUUUCGUUGUCUUCGUCGUCGUCAUCGUCGCGGGACAUCAUCAACAAAACGUUGGCGCUGUGCUAUUACUGGCGCAGCGGCGCUUUUCGUUGGUCGGCGGUCCUCGGUUCUCGGUUGGUCUCGAUCGCUACUCAUUUACCGUUCAUCCACAAGCAUUCGCCUUAGCGUAGAGUGAACUGUGCCGUACUAGCUCCCCUUCGAUGGUAAGAGCAACAGUAGCGGCAUCACCUGUGCGUCUAUGCAGCUGCUGUUUUCAUUGCUAGAGCCGCCGCCACUGCCGCCACCGGCUCCCCGAUCGCUCUUAUCGUUGUUGUGUGUUACGUUACGUUGUGAGUCGUCCGUGCGGCCACAUUGUGUUGAGCGCUGUGUCGCAUUCGGGGCUGGUUUGUUCGUUGUCACUGGACUAUAGCUGCUAAUGCUUUGUGCCAAGGUGGAGUGGAUCUGCGUGGCGUAAAAUCGCAUUGAAUCGAAUCAGCACCAGAAGCGGUAACGAUCGUAGUGGUAUAGUUGCCUGCUAGUACUCUUUCUGUAUGACGUCGCCCAUCGUUGUCGUUGGUGCUCCUGCUGAAGCUGGUGUCACUAUUAUUGCUCAACUCUAGUGAGGCGGCUGUUAGGGUGCUGGCCGCUCCUUCGUCUGGACGAAUCACACUAGUGAAUGCUACCGGUUGAUGCCGAAAAUCCGCUUUGCUCCAUAUCCGUGCUCUUGGUUUAUCCUGUUAAAACUGGUGUUGUUCCAAACACACAACGAAUUCAACAAGGAUCUAUCGCGCUGUACGGGAACAUUUGGGUGUUGCCUUUUACUACCUUCGUUUGUUUGCUCUCGUUACGACUGUUAGGCAACUUGACUCGAACACUCGCUCGCACCGGAUACGCACCACGAUGUCAACAAGGGCGUGAGCUCUAUAGAUUGUCAAAUUUCGUCACGACUCAACAGGUGUGCGUCAACUCUACAUAGCAAUUUCGAGUGUUUGGAUUGACGAAUCUUCAUCAGAAUGCUCCAGAUGUUCUCCCAAUCCAACCUUUCGUGUCCCGUCGUUGAGUAAGAGACACUUUACGUAUGAUGGGAUUCAUAGAAUCUACAAAGGCGGAAAAUAUAACGAAGACCCUCAGAGGAUGUGAGAACGGAGGACGUUGAUGGUUGACCAGUUGAAUGUACCACUUCAAGGAAAAAAGUGCAGCAACUGUGUUCCCUGUGUCCGUGGCCCGUCUUCCAAAACUCGCUUCAAUCUUAGCCCGAAGAAAUCUCGAUUUAAAACUAUGGCGUCAUGACUCGUGCGUUGUCCAGUUGAAGUCGGCUAACUGAAUUGUUAUAUAGUUGAGUUCUUUUGGUAGUUUUUUCAAAGGUCUUUUGGCGCCUAACUGCUAACAGCGUAGUUAGUGCUCGGUGAUCACGUAAGAAAAGAAAAAUCAAGGACGAUCGGUUAAUCUAUAAUCAGUAUGCGCUAUAACAACAAUAACCGGGCGUAUUCGUAUUCUUCGAUCGACGAAAGAGGGCAGAUGGCCGAAGCAGGCUCGUCGGGAUGUUGUGGGCGCGGCGGCGGCGGAACCUCUCGUAACGGUCAAGAGCAGACCCACAAAGGAUGCUGCUGUGGUUGUAUGGGUCGGAUGCCAUUUGCGACCUUAAUCGCAACGCUCAUGUGCUGCGCGGGGGUUGGCGUGUUCCUGUUUGCGAUGCACCGUGGACUCACUGCAACGAUCAAAAUGUUCGAAGUCGUGUUCCAGUACCGGAUGUUGGGAACGACACACGUCAGACUCCAAGACCUUCAAGUAGGUUUUAUCGCAGUCGGAGCUGGAAUGGGUAUGCUGGCGCUUCUGAUCCUGCUGAUAGGCUGCCUGAGCACCGGUUCGACGCGGACCUCCGUCUACAAGGACUGGAAGGCGAGAGCGGGAGGUCGGUUCACUUGCAUUUUCCUGAUGACCUUUACGUAUUUACUUAAGCUCACGUGGAUAUUCAUCUGCGUUUCUAUGGCUAUCAUAUCUUUUGUAUUUUUCUGCUGGACGGGUAUGUGUAAUCGGCUUAAGCCCACAAACCUUGACCUCAACAAGCAGUGCAUCGAUCUCAGACAGUUUGAUUUCCUCCUGCCUGAGGUGUCACGUGAGCAUCAAAACAUCUGCAAUGAAGGCAAAAAGAAAGAGUUUUGCCAUGACUACGUGGAGAGCGCGUCGCUCAUGUAUUAUAUUGCUACCGGGGCCGCUGUCGUUGUACUGAUCAGCCUCAUUCAUUACCUCAUGUGUUUGUCGGCCAACUAUACGCGCAUCAAGGACCAGGCCAAAAUCGCGGACUUGCAGAUCCUUAAAGAGUUGGACGAGAACGAGAUGGGGCCCCUUGGGGCAAAGGGAAAUGUUAGCAGAUACUGAUGAAAACAAGCGGGCAAGAAUAACAGCAACGAUAAUACUAAUUACAUCCACCACCGCAAGACCGCUGUAAAACAGGCAAAAAAAAAAUCAUAAACACAUUCAGCAUUACACCCAUUUAGAAAAAUAAGUAAGUAAUAUUUUAUGGUGCGCUAUGAAUCAAUGUUGCGCGCAUGAAGAUCGAUCAUUGACAGACGUCUCUCAUCUGCAACCAUAUUCGUUGUCUAGGCUACAAUCAGCAUCAAGUAAUUACUAUCAUUUUUGUCAUGCAUUGUGCGCAUAGAUAUUUAUUCGCUUGCUAAUCCAAGUCAAUGCCCUGGCACGUCGAAGAUUCGUGAUACGGAGUACAGGGGGUGACAGUCAUACUAAGCCACUGCGGUUGCCACUGUGUAUAAGUGAACGAACGGCGCAGUGUCCUUUAUUCAGCCAACAAUCAAUUCAUCAACAUUCUGAUAGCAGCAUAUUCGAUCCCUGAUCACGAACGGUCACGUUUAUUCCUUCCUUGUUCAUAUCAUCUAACUGAUGCAUUUCUAUUGCAUAAUUGGAAAACAUACUAUACUACUUUAUAAACUUCCACUCGAGGCGUCAUGUAUCUGAUUAUACUAGCAUUCUGCUUUAUGUCGAAUCGGACAGACACGUUCCCGCACAGACAGGAACGUUCUACUCAGAUCACAAUAUGUAGUACCAGCGGUAAUGAGUGAAGACAACCCUUAUUAUCCGGCGUAAUUACGAAAAAUUACAGAAAAGAAAAAGGAAUAGUGCUAUUUUUGUAAUGUCACCUGAUUUGGCAGCUAUAUAUGAUAAUCACCACAACAACAACAACAACAACAACAAUGCUAGUUGUUGUUGUUGUUGUUGUUAGAAUUACGUGUAAAAAUAACCCUUGUCGUAUCCAGAGGUGGCUGACAAGAAGGAAAUCCACUGUUCUAUUAGCACUGUGGCACCGUUGCACUACGUUGCAACAUUAGCGAUUUUCAAAAAAUUGGCAACAUCGUUAGCAUUUGCCCUCGUCGUCUGCUACAGUCAGUUGCAAUCUAAUUCGAACAUUGUUUACAUGUCUGCAUGAACGGAUAUCCACGUUUUCGCCGACCAGCCCCUAAGUAGACAGUGCAAAUAUGGUGAAUAACAGCUACAGAGGUAAACAUACAACAAGCAAAAGUUGUUUCGCUCAUGUCGUUUUCCAAACCGUUUUACUGAUACCAGGACGAUCCUGAAGCGCAAUACAAUGAUCGUACAACGCCUCGAAGGUCAGGUGUGGCAGAUAUUAGGUUGAAAGAUAUUUUUCCAGCCCAAGCAGUGCAAGACCACGAACGUCUCCUCACGACUAUUAUAAUCUAGACGCCGAAUUUUCUCUGGCCUGUUUGUGAUGUUCAUGAAUAUAAAGGAAAAAACUUUCCGUCUCUUUGUACUAUUUCAAACGGAAUACGUGCUUGAUAAAGAACGCUGACAAAGGUGAUAAAAUGCUAAACGAAUGGUGCGAAUAAAGAUAAAUAACUUUAUUUACUCGCACAGAUUGUGUAGUAUAUGUCGUUCAGCGGCGACUCGUGCUCUUUUUCAACGAGAAAUUUGUCCCUCUAAGCCAUCGGGUCGACCGGCGUCUAUAACUGAGAAUAAAAAAUGCAUUAUUAUUUAUAGCGAAUACUGCUCGAUUUGCGGCGUCCGUCUCUAGCUCCUGUUAUAAGCAUAUGUAGCUAUAAGAAUUCCAUGGAGGUUGUUGCCCUUUCUUAAACGGGGUUUUAGGUCGUCAAGCAAACCUCUUGAAUGAUUUCGAGCCUUGCUUUUAGUACAGCCCUACGCCAAUCCCAAGUAAGAUUUUUUCUUGAAGAAAUUGUCAAUUGAGAAGCGUUUUUAUGUUUUUCUUUCUCUCUCUUUCUCAUAUAUCUAUAUAUAUAUAUAUAUAUAUAUAUAUAUAUAUAUAGGGGAAAGUUUUUGUCUAUAUAUAUAGAGAUAGCGCUUGGGCAAGUAGUAGAACUGAAAAAUUUCACGGCGAAACACGUUAAGAUUUAAACGCUUCCCCUAUCACCCUACCCGAAGCCUUCAAGUUUAAUAAAGUCAGUGCAUAGACGUAUAAAAUACCAACAAUUGUAAUAAUCACAGAUAUGACAAUUGCUAUGGAGAAAAACAUCCUUUGCUGGCAAAAGUGUUUUCCCUCUGCCUCUUUCUCUCCCUUUCCAUAUAUACAACAUUGUACUUAGUUAGCUUAGCUCUCUCUGUAUACUCUCACGUACGAGUGAUGGUUAGUGUAAACACGUGCAAGCGCGCGGGAAAAGGUAGUUACUGCAAAAAAACAAGCAGUUUCUCGCAAAUAUUACUUUCAAUGGUAAAUGGCCGACUGCACGCAAAAAGUUGAGUGAACAUACAUAUAUAAUACUAUGACAAAUAUGCAAACAAGGAAAGGUUAUUAGAUACAAGAAGUAUGAUUCGCGGUUCUUGUGCGCGGGGCUGAAAGUUAGAACUUUGAUCAAUAGCUACAUUGCUAACACUGAAGGUGACCAAUUUAUUUAAGAAAAGUAGAGCAAAUAAUGGGGUGCGCUCAGAAAACCAUAGGCUACUUUUAGGAGGUGCAGAGUUUUGUUGACUGAGAUGCCGGUCGUGGUAGAUCAUUUUAUGGUAAACUGUUAUCUAUUGCUGCCAACAACCGUUCGUCAUAUGCUCAACUUAACCUUUGCAGGUCCACCAUCGUAGGACAAGAAAGUAACUACUAUUAAUUCACGCGUCCCAGAAGUUGCAUCUUUUCCCAACGCAUACUAUUCUAUUCUUAUUUUUCAUCGCUUGAGUCAACACGCAGUACUGAACCAUACGAAAAAAGGCACAUAGAUAUUUUCGGAUACGACUUGAACGAGUCGGGCGACAGAUAUAUACCUAAUGCCAGGCUUGUAUUUGGCUGAAUAUGAUCGUUUUUUCAAUUUGCAUUACCCUAGAGAAAUGAAAGCGAAUGUUAGUUGGCAGAGGGAUUUAUCGGCGUAAGUUGCUUCGGACCGAACAUUGUUAAGUCUAGCGACGCCUAAACCCUGAGACAAGUUAUAUAAUGUUUUAUUGUACUUAGUUGUACGAAACCCAUAUAACUCCGAAACGAAGGUAUGUAGGUAUAGCUUUUGUAGACAUGAAGGUAAAUUGCUCUGUAUCGAGCGCAGUUACUUUCAUGCGAACUUCAAAUGGGAAAUAAUUAUAUAAUAUAUAUAAUAACAUAUAGUAAUAUAAUCACACUGUAAUAUAAGAUCCAAGGUUCAGUUCGCGGAAUUAUUAUCCGGGCUUGUAAACACGAAACGGGCUAGAAGAAUUAGUAGCAGUAUUUAAUAAACACGAUUAAACAUA